AUGUCGGGUCUACCAACGAUCCUCGCCGUAGGCACGGGCGAAUACACCACCGGCUACGUCGGCAACACCUCGUCCCCCUCGGACAAGAAGAUCGGCGUCGUCGGUCUGGUCAUGUUCGAUCUUCGUCGUCGCAACCUCAUCUCACCGGAGAUCAAGAUGGUCGGAACCAAUGGCGACAAGUUUGCCGGGGUUCGAAACCACUUCAAGACGAACAUCGAAGCCAAGUAUCGCGAUAUGUCGACCGAGUUCACUUCGUACCCUGCUGCGGGGGUUCGCGAUGCGGAUGCGUACAAGACUGCCAUCGAUUCGCUCUCCCCAGGGGAUGCGAUUACGAUCUUUACGCCCGAUUCUACGCACUUUGAUAUCGCGCUGUAUGCCAUCACCCGAAAGAUCCAUGUUCUCGUCACAAAACCCGCGACUCAGUCUCUCCAACACCAUCAAGAGCUCGUAAAAGCAGCGAGGGAGAACGGCGUCUUGUGCAUGGUCGAACAUCAUAAACGAUUCGACCCUGCCUAUGCGGAUGCCCGUCAGCGUACGCGCGACUCGUUGGGUGACAUGAACUACUUCUACUCGUACAUGAGUCAACCGAAGAACCAGUUGGAGACGUUCAAAGCGUGGGCGGGUAGGGAUAGCGAUAUCUCGUACUACCUGAAUUCGCAUCACAUCGAUGUGUGUCUUUGGAUGGUUCAGGGUCGAGCUGUACCCGUCAAGGUCACUGCAUCCGGCUCUCGAGGUAUCGCGGAGAGCAAAGGUUGCGUCAAAGGUACGGAAGAUACGAUUACGCUUCUCGUAGAUUUCGAAAUCCUCGACUCCAAUGGGCAGACGUCCUCCGGUAAGAACGCAACCGCCAUCUUCACCGCCUCCUGGACAGCCCCGCAAGGCGCCGGCGUUCACAGCGAACAGCACUUCCACUAUGUCGGCUCCCACGGCGAAACCCGCAUCAACCAAGCCCGUCGCGGCUACCAAUUCACCCUCGAAGAUCCAGCUCAGCAGGGCACCGGUGGAAGCUGCACCGACUACAACCCCUUCUACAUGCGCUACACUCCCGAUGCGGAAGGUUUCUUUGCAGGUCAGCACGGUUACGGUUAUCUCAGUUUGGAGAACUUCGUCACGGCGGUCACCAGGAUUAAUAGGGGCGAGAGAAAGGUGGUGGAUUACGAUGAGGUGUUGCCGACGAUCAAGGAUACCGUGUUGACGACGGCGAUCUUGGAGGCUGGUAGGAGGAGCUUGGACGAGCACAAGUCGGUGUUCAUUCGCAAGGGAGAGGAUGGGGAGUUUGUGCUCGAGUGA